GGCGGAGCGGCGGGAGCUGGAGCAGUCUGCGCAGAGAUGGCGGCUGCUGUGGGAACUGGGACAGCCGCUGCCCCGACGCCAGUGACCGGCGCGGAGGGCGCCUGCUCAGUGCACUGGUUCCGCAAAGGGCUGAGGCUCCACGACAAUCCAGCGUUGCUGGCAGCCGUGCGCGGGGCGCGCUGUGUGCGCUGCGUGUACAUCCUCGACCCGUGGUUCGCGGCUUCGUCCUCCGUGGGGAUCAACCGCUGGAGGUUUCUGCUGCAAUCUCUGGAGGACCUGGACACGAGUUUAAGGAAACUUAACUCCCGCCUGUUUGUGGUCCGGGGACAGCCAGCGGAUGUGUUCCCAAGGCUAUUCAAGGAAUGGGGGGUGACCCGCCUGACCUUUGAGUAUGACUCCGAGCCCUUUGGGAAGGAGCGAGAUGCAGCCAUCAUGAAGAUGGCCAAGGAGGCUGGUGUGGAAGUGGUGACCGAGAAUUCUCAUACCCUAUACGACCUGGACAGGAUCAUCGAGCUGAACGGGCAGAAGCCGCCUCUUACUUACAAGCGCUUUCAGGCCAUCAUCAGCCGCAUGGAGCUGCCCAAGAAGCCCGUGGGCGCGGUGAGCAGCCAGCAGAUGGAGAGCUGCCGAGCGGAGAUCCAGGAGAACCACGACGACACCUACGGCGUGCCCUCCCUGGAGGAGCUGGGGUUCCCCACUGAAGGACUUGGCCCUGCUGUCUGGCAAGGAGGGGAGACAGAAGCCCUGGCCCGUCUGGAUAAGCACUUGGAACGGAAGGCCUGGGUUGCCAACUAUGAGAGACCCCGGAUGAACGCCAACUCCCUGCUGGCCAGCCCCACAGGCCUCAGCCCCUACCUGCGCUUCGGCUGUCUCUCCUGCCGGCUCUUCUACUACCGCCUGUGGGACCUGUAUAAAAAGGUGAAGCGGAACAGCACACCCCCCCUCUCCCUGUUUGGGCAACUCCUGUGGCGAGAGUUCUUCUACACAGCGGCCACCAACAACCCCAGGUUUGACCGCAUGGAGGGGAACCCCAUCUGCAUCCAGAUCCCCUGGGACCGCAACCCCGAGGCCCUGGCCAAGUGGGCCGAGGGCAAGACAGGCUUCCCUUGGAUUGACGCCAUCAUGACCCAACUGAGGCAGGAGGGCUGGAUCCACCAUCUGGCCCGGCACGCAGUGGCCUGCUUCCUCACCCGCGGGGACCUCUGGGUCAGCUGGGAGAGCGGGGUCCGGGUAUUUGACGAGCUGCUGCUGGAUGCGGACUUCAGCGUGAACGCGGGCAGCUGGAUGUGGCUGUCCUGCAGCGCUUUCUUCCAGCAGUUCUUCCACUGCUACUGCCCGGUCGGCUUCGGCCGCCGCACGGACCCCAGCGGGGACUACAUCAGGCGAUACCUGCCAAAAUUAAAAGGGUUCCCCUCCCGGUACAUCUAUGAGCCCUGGAACGCCCCAGAGUCCAUUCAGAAGGCAGCCAAGUGCAUCAUCGGGGUGGACUACCCACGGCCCAUCGUCAACCAUGCCGAGACCAGCCGGCUCAACAUCGAGCGCAUGAAGCAGAUUUACCAGCAGCUCUCACGCUACCGGGGACUCUGUCUGUUGGCAUCUGUCCCCUCCUGUGUGGAAGAUCUCAGCCACCCGGUGGCAGAACCCAGCUUGAGCCAGGCUGGAAGCAGCACCAGCACAGGUCCCAGGCCACUGCCCGGUGGCCCAGCAUCCCCCAAACGCAAGCUGGAAGCUGCUGAGGAGCCACCUGGGGAAGAGCUCAGCAAACGGGCCAGGGUGGCAGAGCUGCCCACCCCUGAGCCACCGAGCAAGGACGCCUGAGACUGCAGAAUCACCGCUCCAUGAGCAAAACCUGGGUGUCCAAGCAGCCAGCGUGGCCAGAGUGCAACGUGCAGAGAAGCUGAUGGCCGACCGAGACAGAGCAAGCGUGUGUGUGUGUGUGUGUGUGUGUGUGUGUGUGUGUGCAUGCAUGUUUACACUUUCAUGAUCCUGAGUGCUGCCUGGGCUGGGGGAGUGCCUGGAGCCGCCCACCAAGGCUAUUGGGCAUGGCCGUGACCUCGGCUUUGUCUGAGUAGGAUGUAGUGUUAGGACCCUGCUGGGCACCCCCUGUCUUCUCAUUAAACCGAGGAGCAAAAGGGCCACAUUUCUGGCCCUUGUCUGAAGCAUAGAAUUCUAGAGGCAGCAGAAUCCAGCUAAGUGCCCACUAUCCAAUGCAGGAGGCUGGGCAGGCUGGAAUGGAGGGCUCUGUUCCUCCAUCCUGAUGAGCACCAUCUUGAUAUAGUCACCUGGCCUGUCUUUUUUCAUUUUCAUUUCAUUUUUACCGGUACCAGGGAUUGAACUCACGACUGCCUGCUUGCAAGGCAGGUACUUAUGCCACUGAGCUAAAUCCCCAGCCCCCUGUCUUCUUUUCUUAAUGGUGGUGGGGGUACCGGGAGUUGAACUCAUGACCUCACACUUGUCAGCAGGCACUGUGCCACUGAGCUAAAUCCCCGGCCCCUUAUCUUAGACUCCUCUGCCACUGACCCUCCAGACGCUUCCUUGAGCAUCUGGGGCUGAGGAGGAGGCUGCAACUGACCUGAAGAAUCUGUACUCUCAGCUCGAAGUGUACCCAGAUGCCUGACUGGGGCUAUCGCCUAAGCAACACGUCUGCCCUUUCAGGCCAGGACCCCAAGUGAGGAACAGAGCCCCGGCUGUCACUGUUCCCCUCCCAGAAGCUGAACACCAGCACCAGAGCCUACACAGGAGCUAUGGGGUCCCAGCUGGGCCCUCCACCGGGAGACUAGGCCAGGCAGCCACACUCCAACACCCCACGGUGCUCAGUGAGGACAGCUGACAGCCAGCCAGGGAAGCCAGCUCCUCAUUGUUCUGUAGGCUUCCAGGGCCUGCCAGGGCUGGUCUGCAUCCAAGCUGCCAUGUCAGCUGUCCCAGUAGCUGGGCCCCGGGAGCUCAGACAGAGGGACUGGCAUGGGCACUGCCAAGGGAGUUGGCAGAAGUCUGCGUGGUGUCCACAACCAGCACAUCGUCCCUUCCAGAAGCAGUAGACAGGGGCCUGCACCAAAGCAGCCAGGCCUGCAUUCCAAGGCUGUCACAGGCCCGAAGCGAGAGGGGCACUAAGAAGGACUGUGUGGCUGACUAGAGCAAGUCUUCCAUCCCAUGGCCUGCACUUGAGCCACAAAAUGUGUGUGCGUGUGUGUAUGCAUGCAUGUGUGUGUGCACGUGCAAAGCUGAAAGGCGAAUUCCUGUUGGAUUAUGAUUCUCACGUGUAACAAUAAGCUGGCCUCCGGGCCUCUUCCGCUACCUCCCCUGUGACCUCUCCAGCCGUGGAGCUCUGAACUCCCACGGCCCACCCUCACUGUCCUCUGUCCUCAGACCUGAACCCUGGGCAGGCUCUCGUCUCCUCAGUGUCUAGCACACUGACAGGCUUCUUCCUGAGAUGGCCUGUGGUUUUCUCAGCCCGAGAGCUGCCUCUACAGUCCCACUGUCAUGUGUGUCACCCACAUCAGAAAUGUCCUGUAACUGUGGGGAAAUGUCAUAGGCGGUGGUGUUUCCAGAGAGCUGGGUGGGGCUUUCCCUCCCUCGGCCCCCGCAAAGAGGAGGGAGAGCAGGGCGAACCUGCAAGGUCACAGGCUGAGGGCCCGGUUCAGUAUUUAUUUAGCAGCACCUUCAGCUAGUGAGGUAAUUCCCUCCUCCUGCCUAUCCAAUGACUCUCUUCCCUAAUGUACAGGUUGGCACGACCUCCUGCCCUCUGCUAUUCCCAGCAGGCUGGCCCAUUCCCAGGAAAGCUUCCGGUGCAGAGGGGCAGUCCGUUCCUGGAGCUGUAGGAAGGGACAUGGUGGCCUGGAGCUCUGUGAUGACUCAGUCCUCCCUCCUGGCCCAGGUGGCCCUGGGGGCUUCCCCAGAGCAGUGCCCCAGACCCUGAUCCAAGGACCAGCAUGGGGAAGAGAUGGUUGCAGGCAAAAUGCACUUUAUAGAGAUGUUCUAUUGCUGGGAAGCUGUGUUUCUCCCACAGUUUGUUUGUGAAUAUUCACUUGUUUUAUAAAUGUCUGAUCUUGUCUGUGCAAA